AUGGCUCGCUGGGUGGUCUGUGGUUUUCGGCAGCGUGCUGGAGUCGACCUCACCGAGACGCUCAAGCAAGCACCUCGCGCCUGGUACCAGCGUAUCGCCGGGUUCCUUCAGACACUGGGCUUCAGCGUCACUCGCUCGGAUGCCUCGUUGUUCGUCUAUCACCGCGGCGACACGACUGCAUAUUUGCUCCUCUAUGUCGACGACAUCAUCCUGACGGCCUCCUCCGCAGCCCUUCUUCAGCAGAUUACUCUCCUGCUGUGUGAUGAGUUUGCCAUCAAGGACCUGGGCGCUCUACAUUAUUUCCUUGGCAUUGAGGUUGUUCGGCGACUCGACGGCUUCUUUCUUCAUCAGCAGAAGUAUGCGCACGAGCUACUUGAGCGUGUCGGCAUGCUCAACUGUCACCCAGUUGCUACUCCUGUUGACACGAAGGCCAAGGUUUCUGGUCUCGAGGGCUCUCCCGCAUCGGAUGCCCCGUUCUACCGGUCCAUUGUUGGUGCUCUUCAGUAUCUGGCUCUCACCCGGCCGGAUUUACAGUAUGCUGUUCACCAGGUGUGUCUGCAUAUGCACGCCCCUCGUGACUCCCAUUGGACCCUCGUGAAGCGGAUUCUCCGUUACAUCCGCGGCACGAUGGCUCUUGGGCUUACUCUCACGGCGUCCACUUCUCUGGAGAUGGUAGCCUACUCCGACGCGGACUGGGCCGGCUGCCCCGACAUCCGUCGGCCCACCUCUGGAUACUGCGUUUACCUCGGUCUUUCACUCGUCUCGUGGUCGUCCAAGUGA